AUGAUAGCCACAAGGAAUAUUGUGAGGGUCAGCCUGACUCUCAUCAGCUUAUUCGCAUCACAUGGCCUAUCCCUCACCCCUAGCGUCCAUCAGGAGUGUGUUUCCGCUGUCUUUAGUAUCCUCGGGAAUCUCAACUUUGAAGGUAUUGGCUACGGCGCCUAUUACGUGGCCAUCUGCCAGAACCCGCUGAAAGUCGCUUCCAUCUACGCCGUCUCCAGGACGUAUUGCUCGCCCUCUGAUCUGGAUCCUGGCUUUGACUACCUUAAGACGGCAUGCCACAAGUAUGGCGGCGCGGAACUUUUGCCGGAGAGCGAGGUGGCUGCCAAUUUGACGGAUGAAGCAAUCAGUCGCUAUCCUGUCCUUAGUCAGACCGAUGAAUUGGUCUUGACGAACCUUACGACGCCGAUUUUGAUCUCGAGGGAUUGGUUCGACUUGGGCUUCCGGACGGAGUACUACAGAUUCGCAAUGUACGGAUUUUGGGGCGGCGUUCUCCUCAUCGGAAUGCUCCAUCGAUUCAUCGCCCACUUUCUUGAGAGCCGACUGCCUCCGUCACCCACCAGUCCUGAAGACAACGGAUCGGCCGAUAGCCGCGAGAAAUCAACAGCAGGAACUCGACCACUUGCGCACCUGUACUCGCGAAUUCACAAGGGUCUUACUACACCAAGCGUUUUCCCUCCGUAUCAUCGCCAGCUCUUGUUUGGAUGCACCAUACCGACCCGCCUUGAGACAUUCGUCGUCUUCUCAUACUGGGUUAUCAGUUUCAUUCUUUGCUGUGUGAACUACCGUGCUUUCGAGGGUAACCUUUACUGGUCUGCCGUGGCUGCUCAGCUAUGGCGAUAUAUUGCCGACCGAACGGGCAUCAUGGCCUACGCCAACCUACCGUUAAUCUGGAUGUUUAGCGGCCGAAAUAACAUCUUCAUCUGGCUGACAGGCUGGCACUUCUCUACGUUCAACCUCUUCCACAGGCACAUUGCUCGCAUAGCGACACUGCAAGCCAUCAUUCAUUCCAUUGGAUAUACGGCAUUCUAUUUCACGUCCGGUUUCGGUAUCUUUAUUGUCUUCUUUUCCUUCAGUUGGUUCCGAAGAAAGAUCUAUGAAUCGUUUCUGCUGAUCCACAUCAUCCUAUCCGUGGUUGUCAUUGUCGCUUUGUUCUACCACACAUCUAUUUUCGAUGGCCAGUAUGAGCCAUACCUGUGGCCCCUCGUUGCCAUCUGGAGCUUCGACCGCUUCAUGAGAAUUGUGCGGGUGGUGUACUGCAAUCUGCACGUUCGGCUGCGCAAGAAGACGCUCCAGCGUAGUGUCGCCGCCAUAGCCUACGACCAGGAUGCCAACAUCAUCAACAUCCAGAUUAACACACACGUUAAACCAGGACCGGGCCAGCACUAUUACUUGUACCAGCCGUUCCGCCUCACUGGCUGGGAGAAUCACCCUUUCACCUUGGCCCAUUGGACCCAGUCCGCGAAACCCGACCAGAGUCAGUCUACAGAUGUGCACUCAAAGGCCGUAGAUGGUACUGUUGUGACAUCCUUCGAAGCUGAUUCGAGACAUGGAGCCAUGGAAGACGAGCAUCUUCUGUCAUUCUGGAUUCGCCCGUAUGAUGGCUGGACUCGCCAUCUCCGCGAUGCUUGUCUGAAGGCCCAGACCAAGUCACAGCUCUCCGCAAUCUACAGGGAGACCAUCCUCCUCGAAGGCCCUUACGGCAUGGCUGAGCCCCUGUGGGCUUAUGACGAGGUCCUUCUCAUCGCAGGAGGGUCGGGUAUCGCGGCCAUGGUUCCGUACAUACUGGAUCACGUCGAAAGGGCCACCGCGUCGAGCAAAUCGAACCGAACACGCACACGCGGAUUGACGCUGGUGUGGUCAAAUCGCGACCGAGCUUUCAUCAGCCGAAUUGCCCAGAGGGAACUCGCGGCGGCGAUUGCGCGAGACGACGUCAAGUGCAUGUUCUACUGCACGGGCAAUGCAAAGGACUCGGUUGAUUCGUUGCCUUUGCCGUCGAAGGAUGAGAUUGCGGCGGGAGAAAAGCACAAAGUCGCAGAGAGCAGCGUGCUCAAGGGCAAGGAGGAGACGGAUGUGUCUGAGUCGACGGAUGGCGCAUACAAGGCCGGUUCCUUGAGUAUGAGAGUGGGCAGGCCUGAUAUCGCGGGCAUCAUCGAGAGGGCGGCGGCAUCUGCUGCCGAGUCUGGAUCACGACUGGCUGUGAUGGAGUGCGGUCCCAGCGAGAUGGCGGAUGCAGCGAGGGAGGCGACGUAUCGGGCUAUGAGGCAGAAUCAUUCUGUCGAUUAUUUCGAAGAAGCGUUCGGAUGGUAG